GUUGCAAAGAACCCUCUAGUCUCCACUUCUCUACGCCUGUUAGAGUUCGCUAGACCUAAAAGGCUCAAACGCCUCUUCGACGCAGAGGCCAGAGCCAGAGUGCGAGACCGCCAAGGAAGAGACGGGCGCCGACGCAGAGGCCACACCGCCUGAGAGGAAGAGUCAGCCGUCGACGCAGAGGACAUAGGCGUCGAUCGUCUUCCGUCAACGAAGAGGCGACCGUCAACCGUCUCUUUUUAACUUCUUCUACCGUCGCCUUUCACCUUCGCCUUUGAGCUUCCCAUAUCCUGAUUCCAGGUGUAGAACUUAGAAGCCGAAAGUGAAAAGGGAAGAGGCUGGCACAAUUGACAGGUCGUCAUCUACCUUGUUGGAACUCACAACCUUCACUGUUUGGGAUCACUUGGGUGAGAUUUCCAUGCCAAAACAUCUCCACAAUACUCCGUAGAAGAUAAGGAUGGGAAUCGAUGAGGAGAGGCAAGUUUCAGCCUUGCAAAUAAAUCUAUAUGUAUCUACUGCCAUUUGAUCAUUUGCGGUCACCCUAGUUCCGUAUUACUACUCAUUUUCAUCUUCAAUCCUUGGAAUCUUGAGGUUGCAUUUUAUCUGUUUGCUGCAAUGGCUUCGAGUUUCAGAAGAAAGCAGCACAUGAAAGCGAUAUUAAAGCACAGUAGAACCCAAUUUCUAAACGUCUUCCUUAAAACAUCUCAAAAUACCCAACAACAACAAAAAUAUCUCCUCCCCUGUGUCACACCCUUUUCAACCCAAGCAUCCAAAUUCCCUGAAUAUGAAAUGCCUUCUGUCACAUGGGGCGCAAUCCAAGGUCGUAAAGAGAAGCUCGUGUCACGAGUUAUAGUUUGUGACUAUCUAAAAAGUAUAGGUAUAGUUCCAGAUGAGUUAGAGGAUCUGGAGUUACCCUCCACUGUGGAAGUAAUGCGGGAGCGUGUAGAGUUCUUGCAGAAAAUAGGCCUAACGAUUGACGACAUAAACGAGUAUCCACUAAUGCUGGGGUGUAGUGUGAGGAAAAACGUGAUUCCCGUGUUAACCUAUUUGGAAAAGAUUGGGAUUUCAAAGCCAAAACUUGGGGAGUUUGUGAAAAAUUAUCCUCAGUGUCUAAAUGCUAGUGUUGUGGUUGAGCUUGUUCCAGUCAUCAAGUUUCUGAGAGGCCUUGAUGUGGAGAAGCAAGAUAUUGGGUAUGUCUUGAUGAAAUACCCGGAGCUAUUAGGGUUUAAGCUUGAGGGGACAAUGAGUACGUCUGUGGCAUACUUGGUUAGUAUAGGGGUUAAUCCAAGAGAUAUAGGACCAAUGGUUACACAAUAUCCUUACCUUUUGGGGAUGAGAGUUGGGACAAUGAUUAAGCCUCUUGUCGAUUAUUUGGUUUCGAUCGGCCUCCCAAAGAAAAUUUUAGCCAAGAUGCUUGAAAAACGGGCAUAUUUACUUGGAUAUGAUCUUGAAAAAACUGUGAAACCUAAUGUGGACUGUUUGACCAGUUUUGGCAUCAAGAAGGACUUUCUCCCUUCUGUCAUAGCACAAUACCCCCAGAUCCUUGGUUUGCCUUUGAGGGCAAAGCUGUCUUCUCAACAGUACUUCUUCAACCUAAAGCUAAAGAUUGAUCCUGAUGGGUUUGCUUGUGUGAUUGAGAGGAUGCCACAAAUUGUCAGUCUUAACCAACAUCAGAUAAUGAAACCUGUUGAGUUCCUUCUGGGGCGGGGGUUUUCAUCUAAUGAUGUUGCAAAGAUGGUUGUGAAAUGCCCUCAGUUGGUUGCUCUGCAAGUUGGGCUCAUGAAAAACAGUUUCUACUUUUUCAAAAGUGAAAUGGGCAGGCCUUUUAAAGAACUUGUUGAGUUUCCAGACUACUUUACAUAUAGUCUGGAGUCGAGAAUAAAACCAAGACACCAGAGGCUACAAAGCAAGGGAGUCAAAUGCUCACUUGCUUGGUUUCUCAACUGCAGUGACCAAAGAUUUGAAGAGAGAUUAUAUGGUGAUUUUAUAGAAGCUGAAAGUAGUGGUCCAUCUUUUGUGAUGGGCGGGAAGUUAGAAUUGCCAGGAACUGAGAUUUUAUCAGAAGAAGAUGAUGACAGUGAUGAUGAAUUACUUUAUAAGCGGACCGUCUCUCUAAUCUAAUACCAAGAUCAGGAGCAUUUUUACCAUUUGGAUUGGGCAGCAGAUUGUGCCCUGGAAACGAUCUUGCCAAACUCAAAAUAUCAAUUUUUCUGCACUAUUUCCUGCUCGGUCAUGAGUGAGUGGCAUUUGGUGUUCUCUGCACGGUGGUUUCUCUUGUCAUUUUGGCCUAAAGACAGCUGUGUCGCUGUGUGGGAAAAGUGAGAAGAUCAGCCUGACUCUGAGGCUUGAUGAUGGUUAAAUGAAAAAGGAUACCCACCUAUAAUGAUGAUUGUAAUGAAACUACGAAAGUAGUAUGCAAGGAAAGACGUGUUAAUGCAGGGUAAAUCAUAUAUAAUUUCUGAGUUACUAAUUACUAUAAAAACUUCAAUAUAAUCAAUAAUAAUAAAUUAGUAAUAUGUGCAUUUUUUACGGGAAUAAAAACACAUAAUAUUACCGUGAUAUACUAACUACAAAAAGUGACUAUUUUUUCAUUGCGAAUUACUCCAUUUAUCCAAUCUUUGCCUCCUCCCCCACACUUGCUGAGAUGCUGAAAACUGCCGUCAGAAA